UGUGUUUCCUAAAACAGAUGUAUGCCAUAUAGAUUGUUCUUUUGAUGUGAACUUGUGUAACUGGAAACAAUCAACGAGUGAUAACAUGGACUGGAUACACUGGAAUGGCUCAACCCCUUCCGAUUUUACUGGACCAUCAUUUGACCACACAACAGGAUAUGGCUACUAUCUAUACAUUAAUGGACAGGAUUCAGAAGAGGGAGACUUUGCAAGAUUGGAGAGUCCUGCAAAUUGUUUCACUGGAACUCAUUGCUUACAGUUUUGGUAUCACAUGUAUGGAGCAGCAAAAUACAUGAUGCUGAGGGUGUCAGUACUAAGAGAUUAUGGUUUGGAAGAUGUCUUCACUAUAGAAGGAGAUCAUGGGGACAUGUGGUAUUUAGAGAAGAUUUUCCUGCCUGAAAGUGAUAUUAUCCAGAUUUUCAUUGAUGGUGUCAGAGGUGAAGAUUUCCGCAGUGAUGUUGCUAUAGAUGAUAUUUCUUUUUACCCAGGAUAUUGUACUGCAGCAACAACUACCACCACCACCACUGUAACUACAAAACUGACAGGUUCUACUGUGUCAUCAACUAAAACCACAUUAUCACCAGAAUAG